AUAGCGCGAGAUUUCUCCAUGAUCUUCAUGUCCGAUGCAAUGCGUCGUGGCUGUAACGACGUGAUCCGAAUCUUGAUUGCUUAUCCCACUAUUCUCUUUCGCUUCAUCAUCGAUUGCUGUGUUGGUUGGAGAAUGCUUUGGCGGCGGGAGAAGAAGAUGUUGGGAUGCAGAGACGCUUGUCGGAGCAGUGUCGGUGAACUCCGGCAGCCAGGAUUGGAACACUUCUCUCUUCCCGAUCCGCUUCCUCAAUGGCCUCAAGGUUCAGAAUUUGCUACCUCAAUUAUAAAGUUACGAGAAUUAGAGGUUUGCCAAAUAACGAAGUUUGAGUUUGUUUGGGGAAUAAGCUUGUGUAUGGAUGGGAAACGUGGUGUUAGUUUUUAUAAGCCAAUUGGAAUCCCGGAUGGAUUUUUCUGUCUUGGUCACUAUUGUCAAUCUAUCGAAAAGCCUUUGCGAGGGUUUGUUCUUGUAGCUCGUGAAAUUGCCAAUGGACAAGGCUGUAGUAUCCUCAGUUCUGAUUAUAUGCCGCCUCUCUUGUAUCCGGUAGAUUAUUCGUUAGUAUGGAGUUCAGAGGGGGAAGACGAUGAAGGCUUUGAUGGUUGUGGGUACUUCUGGUUGCCCCAACCCCCUGAAGGUUAUAAACCUCUGGGAUUUUUGGUGACAAACAAACCUGAGAAACCUGAUUUUAGUGAGAUUAGAUGUGUUCGUGCUGAUCUAACUGAUGAAUGUGAGCCAUACCGCCUGAUAGUGGACAAGGUUUCAAAAAUACCAUUUACGGUUUGCAGCACAAGGCCUCGCCAUCGGGGGAUAUAUGGCAGGGGAGUGUCUGUUGGUACUUUUUAUUGCAGUAGCUACUGGAGUUCGCUGGAGGAACUAAAUGUUCCAUGCUUGAAGAAUUUAGAUCCUAAUUUAUGUGCAAUGCCGAAUGUGGAUCAAAUUCAUGCACUUGUUAGGCACUAUGGACCUACUCUAUUCUUCCACCCUGACGAGAUUUAUCUUCCAUCUUCAGUUUCAUGGUUUUUCAGAAAUGGAGCUUGUUUGUACAGUGUUAGUGACCCUCUUGGGGUGCCAAUUGAUGCUGAAGGUUCCAACCUUCCUAGAGGAGGGACAAAUGAUGGGAAGUAUUGGAUUGAUGUGCCGGAUGAUAGCGGGAUAGUAUUUGUUAGGCAUGGAAACUUAGAGAGUGCAAAGCUCUAUCUACAUGUCAAACCAGCCUUAGGAGGAACAUUCACGGAUAUAGCGAUGUGGAUUUUUUGUCCCUUCAAUGGGCCUGGUACGCUAAAAUUGGGAAUGAUAAACUACUCUCUUGGCAGGGUUGGUCAGCAUCUAAGUGAUUGGGAGCACUUCACACUCAGGAUAAGUAACUUCACAGGAGAGCUUUGGAGCAUAUAUUUUUCGCAGCACAGUGGUGGUGAGUGGGUUGAUGCUUCUGAUUUGGAGUUUAUUGAUGGAAACAAAGCUGUUGUGUAUUCAUCGAAAUCCGGCCAUGCUAGCUUUCCUCAUCCAGGAAUUUACCUUCAGGGUUCUUCGAAGCUUGGGAUUGGAGUGAGGAAUGAUGCUGCCCGCAGCAAUUAUUAUGUUGAUUCAAGCAGGCAGUACGAAAUUGUAGCGGCUGAAUACCUUGGAGAUGGAGUUGUUAUCGAACCACACUGGCUUCAGUAUAUGAGGAAAUGGGGUCCAAGGAUUGUCUAUGAUUCGAGAAAAGAGUUGGAUAAAAUCAUCAAUUCUUUGCCGCCUAUGCUUAAAUAUUCAAUGAAAAAUAUUAUCAGCAAGCUGCCAUUGGAGUUGUGUGGAGAGGACGGUCCUACUGGACCGAAGGAGAAGAACAAUUGGUUUGGGGAUGAAAGAUGGUAGUUGUCCAUAUGUAGCCAUCAACAUUGUGCUCUUCCAGCUACUAUUUUUGCACAGCACAUGCAAAAAGUUGAAAUAUUAGCUCUCUCCCAGACAUUCUGUUGUGAUUAGUGUAUGAUGUAUGAGUGUAAGAAAUUACACCUUGCUCGAUAUCUGUUGCUGGGGCCACGAUGGCUUCGAUCCGACAAGCGAAAGGGAACAGGAUGACUCAGGGAGCCCACUGCUGGAGAAUGCACAUUUGGGGGACAACAGUUGUGCCAAAUUCCAGCUCGGUUCAUCGCAUCAUUGUUGAGGUGCAUUCAUAGUUGUCAAUGGCUUUCUUUGCUUUCUUAAAGCUAAUUUAACUGAGGGAGACGUGCAACGGCUACACUGUCCCCUUCCCACAUUGCAGUAUUGCACUAAGAGCACGCUUCAACACGGUGGCGGCGGUGUGGUUUCCG